AUGGAGAGACUGGAUCUCUCCAUGAACCAUUUGUCUGGAAAAAUCCCGGCAUCAUUUACAGGUCUUAAUUUCUUAUCAAGUUUCAAUGUCUCGUACAAUAAUCUUGGAGGACGAAUACCAUCAGGCACUCAACUCCAAAGUUUCAAUGCUUCUGCAUUUGAGGGGAAUCAACUUUGUGGUGCCCCACUUCCAAAUAAGUGUCAGACAACAGAGGGUGCUGAUGCACCUGAUAUGAGCACCCCAGAUGCAGACAACAAGGAGCAUCAAAUUCCAUGGUUUUAUGUUUCUGUUGCACUUGGGUACAUUACAGGAUUUUGGGGAGUCUGUGGUCCCUUGGUGCUUAUGAGAAAGUGGAGGUGUGCAUAUUACCAUUUCCUAGACAAAGUACAAGACAGCUUCCAUGUGAUGAUAGCAGAGUGUAUGGCAAGCAUGAGGAGAAAGUUUGUUUAG